CACCCAGACCCAGCAGCCCCCGCGAAAGACGAGUGUCUGGCGCAGUCGCAGUCACUGCUCGCCCCUGUCUUCUGAGAAGGAGGAGCUCGCGCUGCAUGACCCGGAUGUGUUUCUCCAUUCGGCGGCGGUGAAAGGGGACCACAGAGUGCUGGGUUGUGGAGGUGGCUUCUUUACACUGUCUUCAGUAUGCAGCGAUUACUCUUUCCGCGCCUGAAGGCCUUGAUGGGGAGCCCGUGCCUCCGGCUCCUGGGUCCUAGGGCGGCGCCUAGAACGCAGUGUGGUUGCAGCUGUGGGAUCAGGCACCUCUUAAGGCCAGGGCAAUACAGCACCAUCUCUGAAGUAGCUUUGCAGUCUGGAAGGGGUACAGUGUCCCUUCCCUCAAAAGCUGCUGAGCGGGUGGUGGGCCGAUGGCUCCUGGUCUGCAGUGGAACAGUGGCUGGAGCAGUUAUUCUUGGUGGAAUGACUAGGUUGACAGAGUCUGGCCUCUCAAUGGUAGACUGGAAUUUAAUAAAGGAGAUGAAGCCACCUACACACCAAGAGGAAUGGGAAGCAGAAUUCCAAAAAUAUCAGCAAUUUCCAGAAUUUAAAAUCUUGAAUCAUGAUAUGACACUGGCCGAAUUCAAGUUCAUCUGGUACAUGGAGUACUCACAUCGAAUGUGGGGUCGCCUUGUGGGCCUCACAUACAUCCUGCCUGCUGCCUAUUUUUGGAGAAAGGGCUGGCUCAGCCGUGGCAUGAAAGGACGUGUUCUUGCCCUGUGUGGGUUAGUCUGCUUCCAGGGUCUGUUGGGAUGGUAUAUGGUGAAAAGUGGAUUAGAAGAAAAACCAGACUCCCAUGACAUCCCUCGGGUCAGUCAGUACCGCCUUGCUGCCCACCUGGGAUCAGCCCUUGUUCUUUAUUGUGCCAGCUUGUGGACAUCACUCUCACUGCUGCUCCCUCAGCACAAGUUGCCUGAAACUCGUCAGCUUCUGUGGUUGAGGCGAUGUGCUCAUGGAACAGCAGGCCUAGUGUUCCUUACAGCUCUCUCAGGGGCCUUUGUGGCAGGGCUGGAUGCUGGGCUUGUUUACAAUUCCUUCCCGAAGAUGGGAGAAUCUUGGAUCCCAGAGGAUCUCUUUACCUUCUCCCCCAUCCUGAGGAAUGUUUUUGAGAAUCCCACCAUGGUGCAGUUUGAUCACCGGAUUCUGGGAAUCACUUCAGUUACAGCCGUGACAGUGCUCUACUUCCUUUCCCGGAGAAUUCCCCUUCCUCGAAGGACCAAAAUGGCAGCAGUGACUCUGCUAGCUUUGGCAUAUACACAGGUGGGCUUGGGCAUUAGCACUCUGCUAAUGUACGUUCCAACUCCUUUGGCUGCCACUCACCAGUCAGGCUCCCUGGCUCUGCUUAGUGUUGCCCUUUGGCUCAUGAAUGAACUCCGAAGAGUCCCAAAAUAAUUCCGAGGAUCAGCUUCCUAUGGCUGAAAGUGCAUUUGAGAGCUCAUCAGAGAGCACAAGAACUUGGGAGUUUUCUAAAAGGAUGUCCUUGGCAUACCAAGUGGUUUCCAAACUGGUCAAGUUAUUUAAAAUUCUUUGCCUGUUUUGGGGUAUCUGGGUGACUUAGUAAAGCUCUGACUUCAGCUUGAGUCAUGAUCUCACGGUUUGUGGGUUCAAGCUCUGCACUGGGGUCUCUGCUGUCAGCGCAGAGCCCACUUUGGAUCCUCUGUCUCCCUCUCUCUGCCCCUCCUCUGCUCACAUGCAUGUGUGCUCUCAAAAAUAAACAUUAAAAAAAUAAAAUUCUUUGCCUGUUUUUAACAAAGUCCCUGGAUCAAGAGUGUCAUUAAGUAUAUUUAACUAAAUAUUCCUUUUUAAAAUCUUUAUAAAUUUAGGGGCACCUG